UGUGGAGAGUUUGUGAAAGUGCUCAAGACUAGUGUUUAGGUCAGUAAGAAGGGAAUGAGUUUGAGUUGACAGAUUUUCCUGUGAACAAAUCGCUGUUUUUCAUCUGCACAAACUAGCAUUCAUAUUUUUAAGUCUUUUGAGAAAAGAUCAAGUUAAAUCAAUGCAACAGUUACUGGUGGAGAAAGACAUGACUGCGGACAGCAGAAACGGACUGAACAACAGUGACUGCAAAGAUUACAGACGAAAUAAACUACUGGUUGGGCUGGACCUUUUCUGUCUAUUUCUCGCUGCCCUGCCAUUUCUUAUAAUCGAGUGUGGUGCUGUUAAGCCCUACAGACGAGGUUUCUACUGCUCUGAUGAGUCCAUCAAAUAUCCUGCCAAACACAGAGACACCAUCAGUGAUGGAGUGCUCUCAGCGGUCGGCAUUCUCAUCGUCAUUCUGUCUAUCACAAUAGGGGAGAGCUACAGAAUUCGCUACCUUCAUAAAAGCUCCAAUGCUUUUGUCGGGAACCCUUACAUCUCUGUUCUCUACAAGCAAGUGGGGGUGUUUAUCUUUGGCUGUGCCGUCAGUCAGUCCUUCACUGAUAUUGCCAAAGUGUCAGUGGGCCGCUUACGACCUCACUUCCUGGAUGUGUGCCGGCCGGAUUUAGCCUCAGUCAACUGUUCCAUGGGUUACAUUACUGAAUACAGGUGCACUGGGGAUGAUGGCAAAGUGCAAGAAGCCAGGAAGUCCUUCUUCUCUGGCCAUGCCUCCUUCUCCAUGUACACAAUGCUGUAUUUGGCUUUGUACCUGCAGUCACGGUUGUCCUGGCAAGGGGCUCGUGUUCUCAGACCUCUUGUCCAGUUCACUCUGCUCAUGAUGACAUUUUACACCGGCCUGUCACGUGUCUCAGAUCACAAGCAUCACCCCUCUGAUAUACUCGCAGGCUUCGCUCAGGGAGCUCUGGUGGCGAACUCCACUGUGUUUUACGUGUCAGACCUCUUUAGGUCAAAAGGCAGGAGCUCUUCUCUGCCAUCAGCCCAAAGAAAGAUAGACCGUCUAUCCUCUGUGGACAUCAGGGAACGGACCAACCAUCUCACUAUAGCUUGAUAUUUCAGAAUGCCUGACAAACCUGAAGUGAUAGCAUCAGCUUUUCAGCCAGUGGAUUCGCUGAGACUGAAUGGGUUUACCCAUAGGAAAACUCAACACCACUAUAUAAUCAACAUAACGUGCAGGUCAUCUGUGAUUUCUAAUCUGAAGCAACUUGCAUUGUUCUCACAACAAAACAACGGACGCAAUUGGGAAAACACUUGAAUCCAAUUUUCAUUCACAGGAUAUAAACAUCAUCAAAUGGAUAUGGGUGAUACGAGUGUGUGAGAGAACAUGGCACCUCAGAUUUUUUGUUUUGUGUUAUACGCCUGUUUAACUUUCCUUGCAUAAAACAACACAUUCCUGUUGCUCAGGAAGGAUGCUUAGUUGAAUUAUUAAACAAUAGACUGAAUAGCAUAAUUUGAGAAUACAGCACAAUAUUUAAAGAAUAUUUCAAAUGCUAACCCUAACUGUGCAAGUACCCCUGUCCUUUAUAAAAUGAACUGUCCAUUUACUCCAUUGGCUAUGUGUGUAAUGGAAUACAAGCUUACUACUUAGGCCAACUGUACUAUUUUUUUUUUGAUGGUACUGUAAGAAAAACCACUCUUAUACCAAUGUAAACAUUUAAAACUGUAUAACUAGUUACAUGACUUCAUUACAUUGCACAUGCAUGCCAUCCAGUUUUUAUUUUUGGGAAAGGUUGAUUCCCGCUGGUUGGAAUGAGUGUUAAAUUCACAUAUAGAUUUAAUUGUAUUUUUAAAACAAUAUAUUUCAGAUAUUGUUUUGUGAGUGGAUGUGUAUUUGAGAAAGAGACGUAUAACUUGUAUCAUUUUUUGGUCUUAUACGUUUUUUAGCACAAAUUUAAACUAUUUAGUGACCACUAGAAAUCAUAUCCAAAACACACAAAAAAAAAACACAAAAAAAAAACAUUUGAUUUAAGACGUUGUGAAAAAAUUAUCUUGAAGAAAAACCUGUUGACACUUUACACAUACAGGUGCAAAGCAGAAUUGUGCAUAAUUAUACAAAACAAUCAAUACUGUCUUUUAAAAUGUGCCAUUUGAAAUUAUUUACACCCCUUUCUACAAUAUGACUGGAUUAAAAUAUAUUCCAGUAUCUAAACGCAUGUGCAGGGAUUUUAUCAUUCAUUAUUCACCAUAAUUUUUAAAUGUAUGGACAACACACAGGUAAUGUUUAAGACAUUAAGGUGUUCAUUGUUAGUAAUGUACUGUAUGUACUCAAGGGUUCGUUUGGGGAUUAAUACUGGAUGGUAUGCAUUGCACUGAUGCAUUAAUGCAGUGGCCAAUCUGUAUGAAUAUAAUGGAGCUUUAAACCUGUUCAGGUUUAUAAAUGUGACCCAGCCAUGCACGUAAUUGAAAACUCUGUUUUGUGGCGUUUUAACCCCUUUCACACUAAACAGGAAUUUUCAAAGCAGGUGAUUCCAUAAAAUCUGUGUUUAAUUGGAAGUGGCUUUUACCCUGAUGACAUUUUAACUGAAGCCAGACACACUGAAAUGCCUUACACGUGGUUAAACUCACAUCUCGCUUUACUGGCUUCAAUACAUCCCCCAAAACAAGCUUGAAAUACAAACGCGCUCUCUCACAUUCUUGCCACUUUGGAUUUGUUUGGUUUAAAUGGCUUCCUGUUUUCCAGGUAUGAACGGUGUUAAAUUUCUUUUAUAUAUUUUAUACUGAGUCAAGCAGCAGUACAAAAACAAUGCUUCACUCCUUCAAUCUCUGCAGUCUGUUUACUAAAAAUAGGUUUUCAUGCUGUGAUGCAUCUGUGUCAAAUUGAGUGUUGCUUUCGUAACCAUAAAACAGCAAUUGAUAUUGUAGUUGGUUACAGCACCGUCACCAAUUUACAUGAAGUAACUUCUCUAAUGUACAAUUAAAACCAGCUGAAAAUAUCUCCCCUAAAGGAAUAUGCUGAAAACACAUACUUGUUAAUGGGAAUGACUCUAGAAAGCUCCACCCAGCCACUCCGGUUGUCUUGCAGCUUUAGUGAAACAAUGGUUUCAUUAUGAUUUGACUUUUUUUGGUCUCAGAAAAAUUCCCUCAAAUUACCUCCAUAUGUUCCACAGCAGCUCUCUUGGGGAAGAGCCGGGCAGUGCAAUACUGCUGACUGAACACAAACAACAGAGGAGGCCCCUCUGAUAUUCUCCACAUGGCAAACUGCCUGACUUUUUCACACAGUGCCGUUAUAUCGCAAUGGUGCAAUAUCAUCGUGUUUGACACAAUUUUGAAUUCAUUGUUUCAUUUGACGAAGGUGCAACAAUAUAACAAACCGCAGUACUUGCUGACAAUGACACUUAUUUUUACAGGCUCCCAUUUAAAGUGAACAUUUUAAAUAAUAGAUAGCAUACCCACUUAGUCUUGGCUACAAACAAGCUUCUGAACAUUCCCACCAUUAUUUCUCAGAAUAGAGACUUACUGAACACACAUUGACCUUUUGAGACAACAUGCACCAGUGGGGAUCACCGAUUGAAAAUUGUAACAAUUUAUUAGGAAUUUUAUUAUGUUCAGUCAUAUACAUUGUGCAUUUAUGUGUGUAUGUGUUUGUGUGUGUGAUUUUCUCCACUUUUCUCCGCAAUUUGGAUGCCCAAUUACCAAUCUAAGUCCUCAUGGUGGCGUAGUGAUACCUCAAUCUGGGUGGUGAAUCUCAGUUGCCUCUGCGUCUGAGACGUCAAUCCACUCAUCUUAUCACGUGGCUUGUUGAGUGCAUUACCACGUAGACGUAGCACAUGUGGAGUCUUCACACUACACUCUGCGGCAUCCACGCACAACUCACCACGUGCCCCACCGAGAGCGAGAACCACAUUAGAGCGACUACAAUGAAGUUACCCCAUGUGACUCUACCGUCCCUAGCAACUAGGCCAAUUUGGUUGCUUAGGAGACCUGGCUGGAGUCACUCAGCACGCCCUGGCUUCGAGUUAGCAUCUUUACCACUGAGCUACCCAGGCCCCCCC